AAAAAGAUCAUUGCAUUUCUUUCUGCUUUCUUAUUCUUUUUUCUUUUUUUUUUUUAUCUCUCUCUCUCACAUCAUGAGCGAACCUAAUCAAAAGACUCCGUUGCUAAACAGCCAAAACAGUGGCAAGAAACCACCGCUGAGUCGGCCUAAAUACAAACGACGUCGGUCGUCGUUUGAUCCGUCAACGUACAACAGUACCGGUCAAGCCCUCGGUUUCGUCAAGUCGGCCGAAUCCACAUCGUCCGGACCCGGUCUAAACUUGCUUCAAAUAUUGACCUUGACCAUUUGCAUGGCCGGCGUCCAGUUUACCUGGACGGUCGAAUUAUCGUAUGGUACACCUUAUUUGCUAUCCUUGGACCUUUCGAAAGAGUUGACGGCGUUGGUCUGGCUUGCAGGACCAUUGUCGGGUCUCCUUGUCCAACCCUUAAUUGGUGCAUUUAGUGACAAGUGCACUUCUCGUUUCGGAAAACGUCGUCCAUUCAUCGUCGUCGCCGGGAUCUUGACUUGCCUUUCCAUGGUGGGCGUUGCCUAUGCCAAAGAAAUCGGGGCUUUCAUCGGGCAAUCCUUAUAUCCGAACGAUGCAGAACACGCUGCACACACGUAUGCGAUUGUGGUGGCUGUAUCGGCAUUUUAUUUCUUGGACUUUACAUUGAACGCCGUGCAAGCAAUCUGUCGCGCUCUGAUUUUAGAUAUCCCUCCUCUGUGGCAGCAAGAGUAUGCGAAUGCGUGGAGUGCGCGUAUGAGUAACUCGGCCAUGGUGAUUGGUUACUUUGUCGGUUAUCUCGAUCUCGUCACGUACUUUCCUUGGCUGGGCGAUUCUCAGAUCAAAGUCUUUUGUAUCGUUGCGAUGGUGGUCUUUUGUGCCACCUUGGCAGUGACUUGCAUCGGCGUCAAAGAAAAGCCAUUGGAAGCGGUGGAUCAAGACAAUCAACCAUGGUACCACACGUUCAUGUACAUUUGGCGAGCUUUCCGAUUCCUUCCCAAACCGAUUCAAAGCUUGUGCAACACUCAAUUCUUUGCGUGGAUGGGAUGGUUCCCCUUCUUGUUCUACAGCACUCAGUGGGUCUCGGACAUCUACUUUGCUACGCAUCCUUCAGACACUGAUCGCGAUUGGUCCGAGGGAACACGGGCCGGGUCAUUUGCCUUAUUAUGCUACAGUAUCGUUUCCGUCAUUGCAGGUAUCAUCAUCCCCGCGGUUGGCAUGAGAUUCGAAAAACGGGCACCGUGGUUAUCCAUGCUGAACAUCUACACCGCCUCGCAUCUCAUGGUCGCCGCCGCGCUAUUGUCGGCAUGGUAUGUACGAUCGGUGCUCGCUGCGACUGUUGUAUUGGCGAUCAUGGGCAUCCCGUGGGCCAUUGUUUUGUGGAUUCCGUUCUCACUUGUUGGCGAAUACGUGAGCUACGAAGAUGAACGCCGUCAGUUGCAGGCCGCUUCGCCUUCAUCCUCGAGUGUAUCCUCUUCUCCUGUGCGUUUGGAAGAUCAGCAAGAAGAAUUUGAUGCCGGCAUGAUUCUUGGCGUCCAUAAUAUGUACAUUGUGUUCCCCCAAUUUGCAGUGGCUAUCAUUGCUGCGUUCAUCUUUGCAGCAGCUGAUGCGGUCAAGCGCGAUGAAUCGUCCAGUGUAGCGUCGGUGCUUGCGUUUGGUGGUCUCAUGGCCCUGAUUGCUGCCGUAUUCAGUCGUUACAUCACUCGUGUCAAGUGA